AUGCCCAAACCAACCACUCGUUCCGAACCAUCACAUCAACAACAAAAGCAUGAAAGGAAGGAUUCAGGAAAUUCCCUAGCGAGUAAAAAACCCUAUAGCAAAACAAAUGUAUCAUCAAAGAAUUUUGAAAAAUUUAAUUCCCGAUUGGAAGAGAGAGGAGUGAGUGCGUUCAUGUCCUCCUCUUCACGAAAUUCAUUCAAUCAUUCUUUGAGAAAUAAUAACAAACGAAAUCAUACAGUGGAGACUAAAUCCACUCAUUCAACAAGUAAAGCGUUGCCAACUACUGCUGAUGCAACUCCAGCCCCUUCCGUGUUGGAUAUUCAAUCGGAAUAUUUCCAAAAAGAAUUUAAUCCAAAGAAUUUACCACUCCAUGAAAUUACACAAUUGUCAUUGGCAAAUAGAGGAUUUGAAGAUGUAAAAAAUUUGCAUUUGUGUGAGAAUUUAAAGAGAUUGGAAGUUCAUAAAAACAAACUCAAGAAUUUAAAGUUUGUGAUGCAAAAUUUUAAAAUUCAACAUUUAGAUGCUCAUGAGAAUCAAAUUGUGUCUUCUAAUGAAACAAAUUCAGAGAUUUUGUCGCUGGUACAAAAUGCACCAAAUUUGAAAGUUCUCAAUCUGUCACACAAUCAACUUGCUAACAAGUUGAUUCUCAAUUCAACACUCUUACGAACAGCUCAGCCAGAAAAGUCCACCGAAGAAGAACCAAAAAAGAAAAUUCUCAAAACAAAGUCUCAAUCGUCCUCCUCGACAACAUCGUCAUCCACCUCUUCACUACUUGCUUUAAUUUUGAACGACAAUAAUUUACAAGAAUUACAAUUAGAAGGAAAAUUCGAGCAUCUCAAUACGAUUAUCAUUAGUAGAAAUCCCAAAUUGACCAAAUUUGUAGAUUUUGCCAAUGUACCAUCCCUUACUAAAUUUGGAGCAACAGAAACUGCAUUAGUGAAUCUUGAUCAAACUAUUGUGACAUGUAAACAAACAUUGCAAGAAUUGAGACUUUCACAUAAUCCUCAAUUAUUUUCCAACACGAACUGUAUUUCAACAUUGAAACAAAUUGAACAAUUAGAAAGUUUAAAACUAUUGGCCAUUAGUCAUAACAAAAUUUCGCAUCAAUGGAACACUGUUAAAAACCAUCUCGUGAAAAUUAUCAAGAAUAAUCCAAAUCUCAGAAAUUUAUCCAUUGUAGGAAACUUUGAUGAGCAUAUUCAAAAUGUAGGAGCUGAGAAAUUUAAGGAAGAAAUUAUUGAAUUAUUUUCAAAUGCAGGAAUUUCAUUGACUCAUUUGGAUGACAAGCCAGUACCAGGAGCCACAACAGAAAAAGCAAUCAAGAAAGGAGAAACGGCAAGAGAGCAACUUCAUAAGGCAAAAUCAACUUCUCGAUAUUUACCAGAAAAAUCUCAACAAGGAGAAAAAUCUGAAGAGAAACGAAAAACAAAAGUUUCAGAAAUGCACGAAAGUGUCAAAGCAUCAACCACGGAUUCGAAGAAGAGAUCGAACGAGAAAAAUCCAUUCGCUAAAAAGUCGAUGGAAUUACCAGAGGAAGACGAACCUCAGGCUUCACAUCGUCCUCUGCUUCCACACUCGAUGAUUAUCAACCUCUCAACUUUCCAAAGACAUGCAAGAAAAACUGCAAAAAGAACUUGA